AAAUUUAAACGUUAUUAAUUUAAAAAUUUAAAUAAAUUUAAACAAAAAUUUAAAAAAUGUUAUUAAUAUCCCAACCAUUAUAAAAAAAAUUAAAACCAUAUUUCUCUUUAUUUUUGCGUCGAAAAUCUCACUCUCUGUUUAAGCAACUCAAGUUGAUACGAUGGUGUACAAAACUAGAAAAAAGUUCCUAGUUGUAACAGUUGGUAAAUAGCAUGUAUAUAAUACAAACACAUAUUUUAAAAUACAGUAGAGAAGAGAAAUCUGAUAGUAUAGAGGCAUAUAGGCCGGCCACAGCUCAGGCUUUCUAAUCAUUCAAACGAGCGAGAUCCAAGCUAUAUGUUUCAAAUAGUGUCAUAAGUGAGAACAUAUGUAAACAGUCAAAGAACAAUAUAAAAUGUUACUAAUUCUUUAAACAUUUUUUUUUGAUUAAUAUGGAUAUCCAAACAAAAAAAUUCAGUCUAAUCUCCAAUGAAAAAUGUAGUCUAUGGAUAAAUCUUCUUUUUUGAAUAUGUAAAUGAGCUGUAAAUAAAAUGGUUCAUAUCUGUGUAGAUGUCCGUAAACCAUAUGAUCUUCUUUUUAUUAUUAAUCGCCUAGAUCGAACCUAAAACGUGUUGGGCAUCUCAGUUAUCACUCUACUGCAAUAUCUCAUCCUAUACUAUUUAAACAUUGUUUGAAAAGUAACUAGUAGAUAAUUCCGUGUUCAGCAAUAUAAUUACACUACAAAAGAAAGAAAAUAUAAAAUUUGGAUCCCUAUAUUUAAGAUCAAAAACCAAGUACUGACUUUGGAUAAGAUAAGAUCCAAAAUCAUGAAAUUGUUUCUGCAAAAAUGCUGGACGAGAUUUAAUGACUCAUAGAUUGUCCAUGAAAACAUAAUGUUAUCAUAAUCAUAUUUAAUCUAAACUAAUUUGUUUUAUCCUUGGUCCCUUUAAAUUUAGUAAAUAAAAAUAAUAAUGUAAAGCUUAUCAACAUUUUUAAAAAAGGAGUGAAAUCAUGUAUCAAUUAAUAGAUUGAACUAAAAUCAUUGAAUUGGCAAUCUAAUUAUUAUUAUUUUAAAUAAUAACCACAUAUAUUUCAAGAAAUUAGUGUAUUCCAAUUUACAAUAUGCUAAUAUUUUAUGCCCAUAAAAGAAAACAAAACUAAAGUUAUAUAGAAGGACGCAAAAACUGGUAGAUAUUAUUCCUAUUUAAAAAAAAACAAUUAAAAAAGUUUUAUCCGAAAAGGAACCAUGAACCAUAUGAAUUAGUACACAGAACACCUUUUUUUUUUUUGUCACAGAGUACACAGAACACCUAUCAAAUGGUUUUUGAUGACUUUAUAAAUAAUCAAAUUAUCUGAGAGAAUUUUUAUAAAACGCCACAUCCUUUCUCCUUCUUCUCUGCGACUUUUAGAGAGAGAGAGGGAGAGAGAGAGCAUCCAGACGAGACGAGGAGACUGUAACUAGAUGAUGUUUUUGUCCUUGUGCUCGCUUUCAUAAGUCAAUUGGUUUGGACCAUUUGAUUUUGUUCUUCUUUUUUUAUUAAAUUCCUCAAAAGUACUCUGUUUUGGUCCCCUGUUCUGUCUCUGUUUCUAAACUGCUCUUUACUCGUAACUCAUUACGAUCUCUCUUUCGUCUUUUCUUUUCCAGCUAUUAUUUUCACAAAUCUCCAUAAAAAAAAUAUUCUUUUGAUAUAUAUAUAUCUCAUCGAUCUUACCAAACCAUUUAUCUCCAAGAGUUUUUCGUUCCCUGAUCCAUUAUGGGCUGUACGAGCUCGAAGCACCGUAAGCGAUGCCACCACUGUCGGCAAGGAUAUUGUCCGGUGAACAUGCGUCAAAUCCAAUCAGUGCACCACCCAUCUCAACACUCCGACGACAGCUGCCACAUGGUUGCUCUCAGCUCCACCAGCCUCGGCUCUCUCAAGCUCUGCGACUCCUCUGACUUCAGCGGGAACCUUGUCCCCGCCGCCGACGAAUCUCGAGAGAAACGACGAGUCUCCGUAAAUGGGUUUGUUCACAGAGAGAGGUCGGAGAAGGAGAAGUUGAGUUCGGAGAUGCAGGCUAAGCUUAUGGAAGCUAAAGUAUGGUCAAGCAUGAUGAACGAGAAGAUCCCAAAGAUCGUCCCCAAGACUCCCAUCUUGACGCCUCCUGGAGAGCCGGAGACGAUCAACACGUGGGAGAUGAUGGAUGGUCUUGAAGAUUCUGUGAGUCCUAACCACGUUAGGAGCUUCUCGUUUGAUACUGCUAGUGGUCAUGGUGGUUGUGAACGUCCCAAGUUGAAUGGUGAUGUAAAGCCAUUGUGGCUUCAGUUGGAGGAAGAAGGGCUUGACGACUUUGACGAUUUCGAUCCUGAGAUCAUUUCUUCAUUCAGGAGGUCUCUCCAGGAACUUCCUUCUGAACAUCCUUUUAACAUUUCGAUUCAUGACUUGAAACUGAGACCACAGUUUAAGUUAUCUGAUGAAGAAGAAGAAGAAGAGGAAGCUACUGGUAAAGACAAGGUGAUACUCUACUUCACAAGCCUUAGAGGUAUAAGGAAGACAUAUGAAGAUAGCUGUGGUGUCAGAAGUAUACUAAAAAGUAUUGGAGUUAGAGUGGAUGAGCGAGAUGUGUCGAUGCAUUCGGGUUUCAAGGAAGAGCUUAAGGAGCUGCUAGGGGGUAAAUUCAAAAAUGGCGUUGGGGUUACCUUACCUAGAGUUUUCUUGGGGAAGAAGUUACUCGGAGGAGCAGAGGAGAUUCGGAAGUUGAAUGAAGAAGGGAAGCUUGAGAAGCUUCUACAAGGCUGCGAGAGGGUGGAAGAAAACAAGAACUGUAAUGGGCAAGAAUGUGAGGCUUGUGGAGAUGUAAGGUUUGUGCCUUGUGAGACAUGUUCAGGGAGCUGCAAAGUGUACUAUGAACUUGAAGAUGAUGAUGAUGAAAGUGUAAAGGAAGAAAGAGAGUAUGGGUUUCAGAAAUGUCUUGAUUGUAAUGAGAAUGGACUCAUCAGAUGUCCUAUUUGUUGUGAUUAGCUUUAAGAAUAUACACACACAGAGAAAACCUUAUUCUUGUUUUUGUUUGUUUUACUACAUUGAGUUUUGAGUGCUGGAGUGUUUUAUUGCCUCUAGAGCCUAGAGGUUUUGUUGUGUACAUAAAGAUGUUUAAGAUUGUGAAGAAGGUUAUAUUUCAAGUGUAAAAUUUGAAAUUAGGA